CCGGCCUCUGUUUGCGCCGGGUCCGCGCUGCCCGCGGUGCUCCCGGGGCUCCACGCCGCCGCUGCUCGGAGCAAUGAUUAACCCGGAGGGCCGGCCGGCGCCGAGCCCGGGGCGGAGGCGUGGGGCCGGGGCGGGACCCCGGAGGGCCGAUCGGCUUCCUGCUCGCUCCCAAGUUUCCUCGUAGAGAGCGCAGCGCCGGCCGGGGCCCGCGGCGCGGUGUGGCGCGUGGCGCAGGGCGCGGCGCCGGACGCGCGUGGGCGCGGCGCGGGCCGCCAGGGUCACGAUGAGGACUCUCCGCAGGUUGAAGUUCAUGAGUUCGCCCAGCCUCAGUGACCUGGGCAAGAGAGAGCCGGCCGCCGCCUCCGCGGACGAGCGGGGCACCCAGCAGCGCCGGGCCUGUGCCAACGCCACCUGGAACAGCAUCCACAACGGGGUGAUCGCCGUCUUCCAGCGCAAGGGGCUGCCGGACCAGGAGCUUUUUAGCCUCAACGAAGGCGUCAGGCAGCUGCUGAAGACAGAGCUGGGGUCCUUCUUCACGGAGUACCUGCAGAACCAGCUGCUGACGAAGGGCAUGGUGAUCCUGCGGGACAAGAUCCGCUUCUACGAGGGACAGAAGCUGCUGGACUCGCUGGCGGAGACCUGGGACUUCUUCUUCAGCGACGUGCUGCCCACGCUGCAGGCCAUCUUCUACCCGGUGCAGGGCAAGGAGCCGUCGGUGCGCCAGCUGGCCCUGCUGCACUUCCGCAACGCCAUCACCCUCAGCGUGAAGCUGGAGGACGCGCUGGCCCGCGCCCACGCCCGCGUGCCCCCCGCCAUCGUGCAGAUGCUGCUGGUGCUACAGGGCGUGCACGAGUCCCGCGGCGUGACCAAGGACUACCUGCGCCUGGAGACGCUGGUGCAGAAGGUGGUGUCGCCCUACCUGGGCACCUACGGCCUCUACUCCGGCGAGGGCUCCUUCACACACUCCUGCGUCCUGGAGAAGCACCUGCUGCGCCGCUCCCGCUCGGGGGACGUCCUGGCCAAGAACCCGGUGGUGCGCUCCAAGAGCUACAACACGCCGCUGCUGAACCCCGUGGCCGAGCACGAGGCGGAGGGCGCGGCGGCCGGGGGCGCGGGCAUCCGCAGGCACUCCGUCUCCGAGAUGACGACCUGCCCCGAUGCGCCCGGCCAGGGCCCCACGGGGGACUGCACGCCCUCCCCGGGCACCCAGUCGGGGCCCUGCCCCAGCAGACUGUACCCCCCGCAGCAGCCCGGGCCCGCCUGCGGCUCCCCGCCCUCCUCCAGCCCCGAGAACCUGGUGGACCGGAUCCUGGAGUCCGUGGACUCGGACUCCGAGGGCAUCUUCAUUGACUUUGGCCGGCGCAGCGGGUCGGGUGCCUCGGAGUUUGAGGGGGCCCCGGGGCGGCAGAGCAUCGUGUGAGGGCCGCGCGUUUUUUACUGAGCCCCAGUGUGUGCCUGUGUGUGCGUGCGUGUGUGUGUGUGUG